CACGAUUUAAAGGAAGCACCAGAGAGCUGCGAGACAGUGGCUAAUGAUCCGGAGGUCUUGCACAUUACCAGAAAACAGCUUACUACCCCAUUGAAAAAUAAGGUGGAUACAAGACCCAGGUAGACAAGAUGUCGUCUGUUCCAGAGCAGUUUCUGGAAGCAGUGGAUGAGUUGGAUAAAAACAAACCAAAGAGACUAAAAAGUGAAGUUACGGCUUAUGAACUGGAGAAGGCAGAUGGAGAGGAUGGGUCAAUACAGACGAUCAGCCCCUCUCAAACUUCAGUCAGUGUUGAUCUGAAUGCUAAAGCAGGUGCAACUGUAAUCGCUCCUGUACUCACUGGAAAUGUCAUCCGAGGCCCAGUAAUCAUCAGCUUCAACUCAGCCACUGGUGCUGUCGGGCCCCAAAAUCCACCCGAAGGACAGAUGUCUCAGAAACAAGAGGACGACAUCUUGCAAAAAAUCAUGGAAAGUCACAAACACAACAUGAAGGCCAAAACGGGACGUGUGUUUGAGGGCAAAAAGGAGAACAAAACACACCUCAGCAAAGUGUACACUGAACUCUUCAUCACUGAAGGGGACAUUACAGACGUCUAUGAUGAACAUGAGGUUCUGAAGUUUGACCGAGCCUUGAAAACGCCCAAAUUUGAGGACACACCGAUCGACUGCAAUGACAUAUUCUGUUUACUGAAGCAAAAGGAGGAGGGAAACAUUGUGCUGACCAAAGGCAUCGCUGGCAUCGGAAAGACGUUCUCCGUGCACAAGUUCAUCCUGGACUGGGCCGAAGGAAAAGCCAAUCGGAAUGUGGACUGUGUGUUUCUGCUGCCAUUCAGAGAGAUGAACUUGAUUAAAGAUUAUAAAGAGAUCAGUCUCCACGAGCUUCUGUUGGAAUUUUAUCCUGAUUUGAAUGAUGUGGAAAACACCAAGUUUUAUAAAAAAUGCAAACUGGCAUUUAUCUUUGACGGACUUGACGAGAGUCGCCUGGAAUUGGAUUUUGAUUGUAAAUUAGUCAAAUGUGUCAAUGCGCGGUCAUCUGUUGAUGUUUUAUUUACAAGCCUAGUUAUAGGCAAACUGCUUCCAUCGGCUCUCAUCUGGGUGACGUCACGACCGGCAGCGGCCAAUCUGAUCCCUCCUGAGUACGUAGGAUUGUUUACGGAGGUGCGCGGAUUCACCGACCAGCAGAAAGAGGAGUAUUUUAGAAAACGGAUCGUAGAUGAAGCUCAGGCCUCCAGUAUAAUCUCACACAUCAGGACGUCUCGUAGUCUCUACAUCAUGUGCCACAUUCCCGUCUUCUGCUGGAUCACUGCCACCGUUCUUCAGGACAUUCUUGUCAGAAACGAUGGGCAGGACAUUCCUUCGACCCUCACCGAAAUGUACAUCCACUUCCUUCUGAUACAGAUGAACAUGAAGAACCAGAAGUAUGAGAAGAAACAGGAAAGAGAUCGCACAAAGCUUUUGAGUUCAAACAAAGACAUGAUCUCCAAGUUGGCUAAACUGGCGUUCGAACAGCUGAAGGAGGAUAACGUCAUGUUCUAUGAGAAGGAUCUGAAAGCGUGCGGCAUCAAUGAAAGCGAGGAUUCCACAGGAUUGUGCACUGAAAUCUUCAAGAAAGACUCUGUUCUGCAUGAGAUGAAGGUGUAUUACUUCAUACAUUUGAGUGUGCAGGAGUUUCUGGCCGCGUUGCACGUGUUCCUCUGCUAUUUGAAGCUGGACAUGGACGAGCUGACUUUCUUCCUGGAGAAUUCGCGUCCAAAUAAGAAAGAACUGCUGUACGUUCUGCUUAGGAAGGCGAUCGAUAAAACAAAGGAGAGUGACCGAGGGCAUUUCGAUCUCUUUUUGCGGUUCUUGCUGGGUAUUUCUCUGGAGUCCAAUCAGAAACUCCUCAUCGGCUUGCUGGACGAAACGCUGAACAGUAAAAACUGCAUCAAUAAAACCAUCCAAUACAUCAAACAACUGCAAAACAAUGACAAGUGCCCAAAUAAAUCCAUCAACCACUUCUUCUGCAUCCUGGAACUGCAGGACAGAACCCUGUACCAACAAAUCAUGAAAUAUCUGAGGUCAGAGAGCGGCCAGCCGAAAGCAGUGUCUAACUCCAACUGCUCAGCACUGGUCUAUGUGCUUCUGAUGUCAGGCGAGGUGCUGGAUGACUUCGACCCGAAGAUGUUCAACAAAACAUAUGCAGGAUGCAGGAGACUCGUCCCAGCCGUGAGAUGCUGCAGAAAAGCCCAGUUUUCAGACUGUGGACUGACACAACAGUGCUGUGAAACAGUGGCUGUGGCUCUUCAGCUAGAGGACUGUCCUCUGAGUGAACUGGACCUGAGUCACAAUUACAGCAUCGAGGAGGGGGUGAAGAUGCUUUCUGCUGGACUGAAGAGCCCACACUGCCAUCUGGAGACACUCAGGUUGGCCUGGUGUCAUUUCGACCAGGAGAGCUGUGUGGAGCUGGUCUCUGCUCUCAAGAACAUCUCACAUCGUCUAAGAGAGCUUGACCUCAGUGGCAAUGACCUGCAGGACUCUGGACUCCAUAAGCUCCUUAAUGAGAUGGAAAAUACAGACAGAAAACUUCAGGUUCUGAGGAUGAGCUGGUGUAACCUCACUGCGAAGAGUUGUGAGCACCUUCCCUUGGUCCUCAGUUCAGAUUCGCCCCUGAGAGAGCUGGAUCUGAGUAACAAUGACCUGCAGGAUUCAGGAGUGAAGCUGCUCUCUGAUGCACUGAAGAGUCCAAACUGUCAGCUGCAGAUACUGAGGUUGUCCGGCUGUAUGGUGACAGAGGAAGGCUGUGGUUAUUUGUCUUCAGCUCUGAGUUCAAACCCCUCACACCUGAGAGAGCUGGAUCUGAGCUACAAUCACCCAGGACCAUCAGGAGUCCAGCUGCUCAAACACAAACUGGAGGAUCCCAACUAUAAACUGCAGAUACUCAAAACUGAGCCUAUGGGUGAACACUUCAUCAAAGCAGGGAUAAGGAAGUAUGCAUGCAAUCUCACGCUGGAUCCAAACACAGCUCACGAUCAGUUGUGUCUCUCCAAUGGAGACAGAACAGCAGCAUAUGUAAUGCAGAAGCAGCCAUAUCCAGAUCAUCCAGAGAGAUUUGAAUCUGUCCAACAAGUGCUGUCUAGAGAGAGCCUGUCUGGCCGCUGUUACUGGGAGGCCGAAUGGACGGGUCCGGAGGGGACGGUUGGGGUGACAUACAAAACCAUCCUGAGGAAAAGUGAUGAUCUUUGUAUAGUAGAGGCCACCGGUCAGCUUGGAAAUAAUAGUGUGUCAUGGAACAUUACCUUUGCAUCUUUCCCAUAUGUUUCUCACGCUGAAGAAGACAUUAAUAUAAAGGCUUCAUCCUCUUGUUCAUCUAAAAGAGUGGGUGUGUAUGUGGACACGACGGCUGGCGUUUUGUCCUUCUACAGCGUCUCUGACACACUCACACACUUGUACACCUUCCUCGCGGCUUUUAAAGAUCCUCUCUAUGCAGCAUUCAAGGUGGACAGUGGCUCUGUGUCCUUUUGUCAGAUAUAACCUAAAAGUCUCUUUAUCCUAACAUUAUGUGCACAUUUAUUGCCAUCUUGUUUUGCCCUGUGUGAAAACAUAAAAUCUCAUUUGAAUUUAAGCAGGUAAAAUGCAAAGGUUUCACAUUUUACUGUAAAUAACAACCCAACCACAUUUUAGAAAUGACUUGAUGAUUUGCCUUUUUAGAUAUGCAAAAGCUGACUUUUUUAUUAAAACGCUUUAUUGCGUUAUGAAAUUUUCUCUGAGCUUAAAGUCUCAUUUGUUCACUUUGUUAACCUAGAUGAUGCCUAUAUAGAUACUUUGUCGGUAAAGUAAAUCACAUAGCU